GCAUAGCUACUGACACCCACAAUCUCGCUAUUUUGAGCCAUCUUGAGUCGUCGACUCUCUCUAGGGUUUGCUGUUUUGCUAAGGUCUCUUCUAACUAGCGAAGAUGGUUCUUCCAAACGAUAUUGAUUUGCUCAAUCCGCCUGCUGAGCUCGAGAAGAAGAAGCACAAGCUCAAGCGUCUCGUGCAGUCGCCCAACUCCUUCUUCAUGGAUGUGAAGUGCCAGGGUUGCUUCAACAUAACCACUGUGUUCAGUCACUCCCAAACAGUUGUGGUAUGUGGGAACUGCCAGACAGUGUUGUGCCAGCCAACUGGUGGACGUGCCAGACUUACCGAGGGAUGUUCUUUUAGGAGAAAGGGCGAUUAAUGAUACACCGUGCUGGUAAUUUGCUGGUUGAGUUCGGUUUUCCCGGUUUAUGUUUGAUUUUUGAUGUGUAAUUUUGUUUGUUAGGACCAAGUUUAGCAUCUUUAUGACUAUGUUUUAUCUUAUAUCAUUUUUUUUUUUUUGUUGAUGCAAUGAAAUAGUAUCCUGUUUGAAACUUUCAGUUACAUGUCUUUGCUAUAUAAACACAUUGUUAAUCUAUUAAUGCUGUUUGGUCCAAAUUUCACAAGAAA